AUGGCGUCACUCCCAAGUUUUUCUGCUUUUGGAAGGGCGCGGUCGUCCGAUACCUCUCCGCCCGCCGCCUCAUCAUCGCAGCCCGACCAGCACCACAACAUCCAGGAACCGUCGAAUGAUUCACCGAAGGAAACCGAAACUAUCGUCAUGAACAGCGCUAUUGCAGAUGAAGUUGGAAAACCCGAUGCAAACGUCACCACGCGACCUGCAAAUACCCCGACCAUCAACGAUGAGCCCCGGAAAUGCUGGAUUUGCUACACCGACGAGACAGAAGAUACUCCACUGAAUUCCGAAUGGCGAUCACCCUGCCCAUGUGCGCUGACGGCUCACGAAGCUUGCCUUUUAGAUUGGCUCGCCGACCUCGAAAACCCGCGCGCUCGGAAGCGAACCGGCCGCCAUGCGAAGAUGGUUUGUCCGCAAUGCAAGACCGAAAUUGUUGUCACCCGCCCUAGGAGCUAUAUUGUGGAUGUUGUGCGGUUGGUUGAGCGAUUAGCCGGCCGACUGGUGCUCCCGGGAAUGGUAUUUACUCUGGCGGGCACUGUUUGGGCUGGAUGCUGCGCACACGGAGUAUACUCAAUGUAUUUUGUCUUUGGGACGGAUGAAGCCAAAAAUAUCCUAGAAGAAGCGGCGGAGGGGUCAUGGAAUCCUGGCCUCAAUCUGGGACUGCCGCUUAUCCCAUUGGUCUUGAUCUUCUCCCGGACUCGUUAUGCGGAGGGACUUCUUCCUGCUAUUCCAGUCCUCUUUUUCGCGACGCAUAACCCUGGUCAGGAGCCGGACCUCGAUCUCUGGCCUCCCAGUGCUGCUGUGACAUUUGCAGCUCUCCCAUACAUCAAAAGCUUCUACAGCGCCGUCUACGAGAGAUUGUUCGGCAAAUGGGAGCGGAAGUGGAUUACCGAGGUGCAGCCACGACAGUCAGAUGUCAAUGAAUUUGACGAUAACGCACCAGAGCCGGAGCCGGAACCAGUGGUGGCAGACGAUGGACAGAUCCUGAUGGAGUUCGAUUUGGAGUUUCAAGUUGGUGUGGGAAAUGAUGCGGAUCCACAGGAAGCCCUUGGGUUGCAAGGCGCGAACCAGCAGCAACAACAACAAAACCAACAGAACCAGGGAGGUGGAAUCAACGGUCAAAAUCUCGUCCACGAGACAAGCAGCCUUGCCGAUAUUGUCCUCGGUGCGCUCGCUUUCCCAGCUAUUUCAGCUUCCAUGGGAGGGCUUCUCAAGUACGUCCUACCGAAAUCAUGGACAACAACCUCGGCUCUGGAACGGGGACGGCCAGGUCUGUUGCAGACCAGAUGGGGCCGAAGCGUGAUUGGGGGCUGCGUCUUUGUGCUCCUCAAGGACGCGCUAGUUCUGUACUGCCGAUGGAAGCUCGCUCAGACUCAUAGGCGACGCAAGGUGCUGAACUACGAUCGAGCGAAAAAACGGGUGACACGGUAA